UAUCGAUAUUUGUAGAAUUUACACGUUUUUCAGCACUGAAAUCGAUAGACAAACGUUUACCCACACUGCCGCAAUCGCGAACAAUUUUUUUAUUAUGGCACUUGCGCGGCUCACAAACAAAAUUCGCUGAUAAAAAUCCAUUGGAAGCCAAUUGCCGAACGUCGAGGACUCAAUCAAUUGAAGUGUCCGCUUAAAAAGAACGCCGCGCAGGAAGCGGAAGUGCCCCAAAACAGAUAUUUUUCCCGCCGCUUUCUCCCCCAUCACCCCCCGCAAAACAAGGGACGCCGAUCGAAACAUUUAGUUUGUGCAAGUAGCUGAAACCCACACGGUCGACCAUCAAAUAUUAUGAAAUGGUUUGACCAGAACCAAUACCUUUCCCAGACAAUGCCCUCGGCCAUGAGUGGCGCGGCACAUGCCCACAUACCCAGCAACGAGGAGUGCGGCAUCCGCGACGUGUGGAAGCAUAACCUGGAGGAGGAGUUCCGCACCAUACGGAAAGUGGUGCAGAAGUACCACUAUGUGGCCAUGGACACCGAGUUUCCGGGCGUGGUAGCACGUCCCGUCGGCGAGUUCCGCUCCACGGCGGACUAUCAUUACCAGCUGUUGCGCUGUAAUGUCGAUCUGCUGCGGAUCAUCCAGUUGGGCCUGACCUUCAUGGACGACGAUGGAAAGACACCACCCGGCUACUCCACCUGGCAGUUCAACUUCAAGUUUAACCUGAGCGAGGACAUGUAUGCGCAGGACUCAAUCGAUCUGCUGCAGAACUCCGGAAUUCAGUUCAAGAAGCACGAGGAGGAUGGCAUCGAUCCCAUCGACUUUGCCGAGCUGCUCAUGAGCUCCGGCAUCGUGCUGGUGGACAACAUCAAGUGGCUGUGCUUUCACUCCGGCUACGAUUUUGGUUACCUUCUAAAGCUGCUCACCGAUCAGAACCUGCCCUCGGACGAGGGUGAAUUUUUCGAGCUGCUGCACAUCUACUUUCCCAACAUCUUCGACAUCAAGUAUCUGAUGAAGUCGUGCAAGAACCUGAAGGGCGGUCUGCAGGAGGUGGCCGAUCAGCUGGAACUGCGGCGCGUGGGCCCCCAGCAUCAGGCCGGCUCGGAUGCGUUGCUGACGGGCAUGGCCUUCUUCAAAAUGCGUGAGAUGUUCUUUGAGGACAACAUCGACCACGCCAAGUACUCCGGACACCUGUACGGCCUGGGCACCUCCUUCAUCGUCAACGGCACCAACUUCCACGAGAGCAACGGCGAGACGAACAGCGCCUCAUGAUUCGUACUGAUGGGGAACGUGGUCGUGCACGAUAGGAAGUUCGAGCAGGAGGAUACACCGGGUCCGUCGGCAUCUGUGCAGGCCACACCACCUGGCCAACUACUCCUAGCCGCAACAACAUCUUUGCAGUAAUCUGUCAACAAUCACAGAGCGCUCCCAUUUAUGAACAAUUAACCCGUUGGCCAUAAAGCCAUACUUUCUUGAUGUUCCCACGCAAGUUCAGAUGAAAACCCAACUAUUCAAAACAAAAACAUGGCAUAAACUAAUUGUAAAUCGCAAAGAUAUGAGAAACCUGCUAAAAACUAAAAUAGAUUCAAUUUCAAAUUCUGCAUGUCUUAAAUGUGUUACGAAUACAAAACUAAGGUAUGUAACUAAGCUAAUACUGUAAGCCAAUGGGCGAAACAUAGAAUAUUGUGUAUUUGUAAAAACAACAACAAAACAAUAUAUUUAAAACUUUUUAAUUUAGUGUA